AUGACUCGCCCAAGAUUCGAGGAUUUACCCCUUCGUGAAGGAGACCCUCUAUGGUCAGCGUGGGGCUUGUACGGACCUCAUGACCAGCUAGGGACGCGAAACCUUCUGACACCGGAGAGAACCAUCGAGACAGCUCUGGAGAUUCGUACUGGUCGUCGAAUCGGCCUUGAUUUGCCCAUUGAUUACCUCGGGAAGCCGAGCCACGGCCGGCAGGGGUUGGCGCAUAAAAUCAUCUGGAAAGCGCCACGCUCUGUACACGAUAAUGAAGUGGCCUUUAAUACCCAAAUCUCAACCCAGUGGGAUGGACUGCGCCAUCUGGGCUAUUAUCGCGAAAGGUUGUGGUACAAUGGGAUCAAGCAACCCCAGAUAUCGGGCACGAAUGAAGACCGCACAACAAUCUUAGGAAUACACGCAAGGGCAAAGCAAGGCAUUGUGGGACGCGGUGUGCUAAUUGACUACCACCGAUGGCGUCUGAAGCAAGAGAGGCCAUUUGACGUUAUAAGCGCUCACCCGAUAACAUAUGAAGAGCUCAUGGAAUGUGCCAAAGAUCAGAGCGUGGAACUUAAGCAAGGCGACAUCUUGUUCGUAAGGUCUGGCUGGCGAGUGGGAUAUGAGGCGAUGACGUUGGAAGCGAGAGAAAAGUGGGGUUCAAGUCCACAAGCAUGGGUUGGAGUUGAGACAUCUCUCAAAACCUUGAAGUGGCUCUGGGAUGCUGGUUUCAGUGCAUGCGCCAGCGACUCUCCAGGCUGGGAGUGCCUUGAAGGGGGCAAAAACCCAAAUUCAGAGAAAGAUUAUGAUGCUGGGUGGGGUAUGCCACUAGGUAAGAAACUUAUUUUUGUCUGCAAUCUUGAUUUCACUGACACUUUCCUCGUAGGCGAGUAUUUUGACCUUGAGACACUUAGUGAAGAGUGUCACCAGCAACAACGCUAUUCCUUUUUCAUAUCAAGUAUGCCUUUGUGCGUAACAGGAGGUGUAGCUAGUCCUGCCAACACUGUAGCCAUAUCCUAG